AUGGACAAGUGCGACAUGCAGCGGAGUGUAGAAAGCUUACGACAUCAGCUAAGCAUUCAGAGAUUACCCGUAUCACAGUCAGCUAAUGAGAUGAAGCGAUAUAUCGAAGGACAACAGGAGAACGAUCCACUAGUGAAUCCCGUUGAUAAACGAUGCAAUCCUUGGGCUGAAAAAUCAAAAUGUCAAAUUCUGUAA